CUUUCGUCUCUCUUUCCCCUGCCGUGCGGUUCAUUACUGAAAGCAAUAUCUGAUUUCUAAAUCCAACACUUGGAGAUAAACUAAUCCACUAUUUCAUCUUUCCUUUCUCUAUCUGAUUCCUCUUUUAAAAAGGUUUUAAAAGAAAUCGAGAGUCUCACUAUUAUUAUUUUAUACCUCAAAUUUCUUCUUCCUCUUAAAAGUUUUACUAUAUAAUAUUGAGACGCCUUUCUUUUUAAGUCAACUCUUGCUUACAUUUUAGACCAUCAAUUUUCCUCUUUCUUUUAAAAUUUUUAUUCAAUCCCACCAACUCCAUCGAUCAUGUCAAGUAUGUUGGGUUCACAAGGCUUAGUUUUAGCAACAGCCAUGGCUGUCUCUGCCGGUACCGUCAUUCUACUGGAUCUUUUCCGGGUCAAGUACUCCUCAACGACCCAUCUUUCCGAUCAACAAGAUCACUCUCCACCUGAAAAUCAGAUUCUCAAAUCUUGUUUAUCUUCAGCUGGAAAGAACAAGGACAGAGCAAAGAAGAAAAAGAAGAGAGUUCAUUUUGCAGCUGAUGUGAAAAGUUCAAGUGGAAAUGGCGAGGAGUACAGAAGAGAACAUAUGAGGAAAUAUACAGAAACUCGUAUUAAAUCUUGCGGGAAUGAGAUUGUGGGUAUGCCAGGUAAUAGAAUGGCUUUAUACACUGGGAUUCUCAAGGAUCGGGUGCAACGCAUGGAAUUCUCCUAUUGAUAAAAUCGUAUUUUCGUUUAGGUUCGUCUUCUUGCAAUGUGAAACAGAGGAAGAAUUAGGCGGAAGAAAAUUGUAGGCAUUUCGCUGUAACCUGUAAAUAAUGGUGUGAAAAGUUGUGUCAUGGUUUUCUGUACAUGAAAUUAGGAACUCUUUUAUAUUUUCUUUGUCUUGAAUUUUCUCCCCUUCUUAUUUUACGAUUUUAGGCUAUAAGUAA